ACCCACCUAAGACCGUACCUCUAACUGCAGUUAGCACGAGAGUCUCGUACGUGGCUUUUCGGGAGAUUCGAGCGCGCCUCGACAGUGUGAUUACUCGCUGGGCACGCACGUGUGCACGUCCAUAAAAAGAAAGAAGAAGUAUCGAGAGUCGCCCGGCUUUCUGCUUCCGGAAUACGCCGUCAGCAUGAAAACCCUCGUACUGCUGCUCGGUCUGACGACGAUGGCGUGCGCGCAGUUCAAUAGGUUUACGACCCCGUAUCCACAGCCGACGCAAUAUUACAAUCCCAACUACUACGGCCGGCCUUACUACGCCAUACUGCGACAAACGCAAGACUCCUCGCCGGACGGAUCGUACUCCUACAGCUACGACACGGAGAACGGCAUCUCCGUGGCGGAGACGGGUCAGCCGAAGAACAUCGGGCCGAACCAGAUCGAGGCGGUCAGAGGUCAAUUCAGUUACACUGCCCCGGACGGCACGCCGAUCCUGGUUACUUACACGGCCGACGAGAAUGGCUUCUUGCCGAGUGGCGCCCACCUGCCGACUCCGCCGCCGAUACCGGUAGCGAUACAACGCGCCCUGGCACACAACGCUGCUCACCCCGAGGAGGAGGACCCCUACCGAAGAUACUAGACCUCGAGUUUACGCUGGAACUGCCCGACGCUUCGACGUUGACGGUCGUCUUCGCUCUCCGGACACCUCUCGUCUUCGGGGGAUUCUUCAAGAGCGGCUCGUGAUUCGACCUCCUCGGCUUACGAUCACGCGAGCGAAACGUCAAAGCUCGUCCGCGGAAGAGGUGUGAGACGCAUGUCAUUCUCUCGCGCCUCUUCAUCGCGCUGUGCCGGUGGAGAGGUCUCCGGAGACCGACGACGUUCCGCGAUCCAUAACGCGUUCCUCCGCGAGAAGAUCGUCGAGGAGUUCUAGUGUUCGCCUGAUGCGAGGAAAAGCAGGCGCGAUCGGGCGAGACGACGUGAGAUCGAGCGGUGCGCGAGCGAAGGAGAAAGAUACGAAUCGCGAUUGUUGAAAUUUUCACAGACGUGAAGAGAUCCGCGCGGCACUACGACGCCGGGAAUCCGUGUUCUCCGUCUCGAACGUGACGUAUUGGCGCAAUACGCGCGGAGAUCGUCCAUCGAUGCGGUAUGUUCAUCCCGCGCUGAUAUUUGAAGAAAUUGCGAUUAAGGUGCGACACGAGGGAGAGAGAGAGAGAGGGAGCGAGAGGGAGAGAGAGAGAGAGAGAGAGAGAGAGAGAGAGAGAGAGAGAAGCCGUAAACGCGUUCUGAGCAUGCCUGCAACUUAUAAAUACGGCUCGAGAGAGACGAAAUAAAAUAUACGCGUCGCGCGGAUUAAAAUUAUUGUAUGUUGCACGCAGCCGAGCGCGUGCAUGCGCGCGCACAGCGGCGUGUUCGGUGAAGUUCAGCGUUAUUAUGUAAUGCGACAAGAUAGCAUCUUAAUUAUGAAUUACGCAAAAGCGCUUUGCCGUGCUCGAGUCGGGAUAUAUCAUCGAUACGUCGCGGCGGGACGGUAGCUCGGGACGGUGCAAUUUCAGUUCUUCCCUCGGCCGCGAUGACGGCGACUCCGACUGCGAGGCGGAGUUCCAAUCGAUCAUUGCUCCGAGAGAUCAAGAAAAGCUAAAAAGGCAAACGGUGAAAUAAUUACAACGCGUUCGAAUGAUCGAGGUGUGCGUGCGCAGUCAUCGUGCGCGUAAUUAAACGGAAACGACGUUACCCGCGCUCGUCCUUGACGAUUUCACUCGUCGCCCGAUCGUGCCUUAACUCUAAACGGAAUGAAACACUCUCGACUCACGUAAAGCCACGAAACUGACAGAGCCCAUGUGGGUGUUGGAGUUGGAGAAAACGAAAAGAAAAAAAAAGAAAGAAAGAAAGAGAGGGGAACGAACGACUUGGCGUUUUCGAUGGUGGGGAGAACGAAGUGCCAGAUAAAAUCAUUUUAUUAACUAUAUUCUCUCUUUCUCUCUCUUUACUCGCCGACUCUUACUUCUGUACGCGGUUUUAAGGCGAUUCUUAUUCUGUACGCGCUUUUAAGGUGAUUCUUAUUCUGUACGCGAUCUUAAGGCGAAAGGACGAUUCCUCGAAUGCAACGAGUCAAAGGGAGAAUCUGUCGGGAUUCCGUUUGCGCUGUUUACGGUUAACCGAGACUAACCGGCGACGUUCCGCGUCCCUCGAAGACCCGCCACGAAGUGUAACGCGCGCUUCUUCGCUUUACCGAUCCUAACACGAAGAGACUAUCUAUCUACUGACGCGAACCGAGGUCCUGCGUGUCCUGCGUGAUCAUCGCCUCGCGACUGCCACUUUCUCCGUACUUGAUUGGCAGAGUGGAAAAGUGGCAGAGGUGAUGGCGGCGAGGUGAGCAGGAUGCUCGCGCCGGCGACAUGUCAUAUCACACAUUGUGCUCUAUUGUACUUAUCAUGCUAUGGCUACCUUCAUUAAAUCCUUUAAUUGCGCAUG